AUGACGGACUCGAGCGCGGAGAAGGUGGCGUACCCGGUGGUGGUCUACGUGCACGGCGAGUCGUACGAGUGGGGUUCGGCCAGCCUGUACGACGGCUCCGUGCUGGCGGCGCUCGGCAGACUCAUCGUCGUCACCAUCAACUACCGGCUGGGCAUCCUGGGCUUCUUCAACCCGAACGUGGACCCGCUGGGGCGCGCCACGGUGGCCAACUACGGCCUCAUGGACCAGCUGGCGGCGCUGCACUGGGUCCAGGAGAACAUCGUGCGCUUCGGCGGUGACCCCGGCCACGUCACCGUCAUGGGCCACGGCACCGGCGCCGCGUGCCUCAACUUCCUCGUCAUCUCGCCCGCCGCCGCAGGAGCCGGACUGUUCAAACGAGCCAUCCUCAUGUCCGGUUCAGCGUUGAGUCCUUGGGCGGCGGUACAGGAACCCGUGUACUACGCAGUGCAGGCAGCGCGACAACUGGGCUGCGAUGUACCAGACGACCUGUACCGGCAUUACGAGACCCUCCUACACUGCCUCAGGGACCGUACCGUCGACCAGAUCCUCCAGGUUGAGUUGGAAACGCCACAGUUCCUGUCAUCCAUUGGUCCCAAGUGUGGACGGGGUAACGAUAAGGCCGGAUUGGAAGCAGCAGCACACGAAAAUGGGUCAGGAAGGUCGCACUCCCGUGGACAUCUUGCUCGGCGUCACGCUACGGACAUCCUCGAGGUGUUCAGCGACGCCGAAAUACAGCAUGGGUUCGAGGCCGACCACCGGGACCGCAUUCUUCGAACUUUUGUUACGAACAACUACCGCUAUCAUCUCCAGGAGAUCGUGCUGGCCAUCACCGCCGAGUACACGGACUGGUCGCGGCCCGUGCAGCAUCCGGUCAACAUCCGGGACCUGACGGCGGAGGCGCUGCACGACGCCGCGCUCGUGUCGCCCGUCACCGUCGCCGCCAACCAGCUGUACACCGCCGCCAGGGCCGCCUACUUCUACGUCAUUGACCACACGCUCGACAACCCCGACCCGGAGAGAGGACCUGAAGUCUCCCUCAACGAGCUGUUGUACGUGUUCGGAACCCCCCUGGGGGCUGGGGGUCCCGUGGCUCCCCCCAUCAACUACACCAAGACAGAAGCAGCUCUCAGCGAAUCGGUUAUCACAACUUGGACCAAUUUCAUCAAGACUGGAAACCCGAACGAGGGCGGCGUGGGCGGUGAGGGCGGAAAUCCUCGCGAGAAAUACAAGUACAAGAGUCAAGAAUGGGCAAAUUAUGAUCCCCAGUACCGCAGAUACCUCGAAUUCGGCAGCCGCGGCCGCGUGCGGGACCACUACCGGGCGAGCCGCGUGGCGCUGUGGUCGUGGCUGGUGCCCGGCCUGGAGCGCGUGGGCGCCCGCUACGGCCCCGACUCGCCCUUCCACCGCCUGCCCGACCACCAGCGCCCCGACACCUUCUCGGGCCCGACGCGCCCCACCAACCUGUCCAGCAACCUCCUGCCGCCCCCGACCACGCCCCCGCCGCCGCCCACCACCCUCGCGCCCGCCUCGCCCCCCGCGCCCCGCCACACCACGCCCGCCGGCGCGGUGGGCGCGAACGGCAGCAGCAGCGUGGCUGGGCUACUGGAGGGCCUGGGGCUGGGCCAGCGGCAGCCGCAGCCGCACCCGCAGCAGGGCGCCGCCGCCUUCCCCUACACGACGGCGCUGAGCCUGACGGUGGCCAUCGGCUGCUCUCUGCUCAUCCUCAACCUGCUGGUGUUCGCCGCCGUCUACUACCGCCGCGACUCGGCCCGCGGCCACGUGGCCCUCAACAAGCCGGCCUCGGGCCACGAGGGCGGCGCGGGCACUGAGGGCGGCGGCAUCGGUCUGGGCGGCAUGGGCGGCGGCGGCACCGACGUGCAGCUGCGCUCGCCCGGCGACGGCUGCAAGCCCUCGUCCCCGUCGCACUGCGGGACGCUGCGCUCGUCCGCCACGCUGCGCUCCUCGCUGGCCACGUCGUGCGACGGCGACCAGCACGAGUGGCCGCCCGACUACACCACGUGCUGCCAGGGCGGCCCGACCUCGGCCCAGGGCGGGGGCCAGGCCGCGCCCUCCUCGCGCCCUCCGCACAACGGCACGGCCACGCUGAGGGCCGUGCCGCGCCCCCCGCCCCCGCCGAGGUCGUCCUCGUACCCGUCCCACGUCGAGGCCCAGCCGCUGCUCUCGCCCUCCGCCCUCCUCCACGCCAACAACGCCCAGUGCUCCGAGAUGCGGGUGUGAGGCCCCCGCCCGCGCCCCCGCCCGCGCCCCUCCCCGCGCCCGCAGUCGGGUCAAAGGGUGAGAGCUUGGCGGAAGCUCUAAGGCGAUUAAGGAUUCCGGGUCGGCGCUUCGAGGGACGCCGCCGCUCGGCCGCAGCUUGGAAAAGCCCGGAUGUCGCAACAGAACAUGUCAACAACACGUUAUCGAAAAAGAUGCAAAAUAAAGACAGGAAAAGGAAAAUACCCCAGUCUCUUUGAUCCUUUCUCUCGUACGACUGUUGAAUCAAUGACUGAACUCACAUGGAAUAUGUAAAACAAUUUACACGAAGAGAAACAAAUAGAUGGGAUGUUGGUUCUUCAUCACAGAACAAAUUUAUAUUGUGAUGAAAGUGAUUGAACGAUGACGUGGCGAUGACGCAAUGUGAACCAAGUGAUGACGUAGACGCAGAAAAAAUACAAAAGUGACUGCAAGAAAAACAUAGCAAGCGAAUGAGGCCAAACCGGAGAGAAAAAUUCAAAAUACAUUUCCGCAUUCAGGGUCUGUGUGUUUGUUAGUAUGUUCGCGCAUUUCAGGGCGGGGAUUUUAUAACUCCGAUUGCCAAAGGUGCCCCGUGGCCCUCUCGGUGGACGACAAUUGGUGCCAAAGUGAUGAUCAAGUGUAGCAUUGGCGUGUAGCGAUCUCAAGCAUCAAGGAGUCUUUUUAUCUAUCUGCCUGUCUAUCUGUUACUCUCUCUCUCUCUCUCUCUCUCUCUCUCUCUCUCUCUCUCUCUCUCUCUCUCUCUCUCUCUCUCUCUCUCUCUCUCUCUCUCUCUCUCUCUCAUUCUGUCAAUCUGUCUGGCUCUUCCAAAAUUUAAGGAUUUUUUUUAUUUAUAUCACUAUCUUUCGAUAUAACAAAUAUACCUUACUUUGCCUAUUAAUCUAAAUUUGUGUCUUAUCAUGUUUAGACCAUUAUUCCGUGAUGUUGAAGUAUCACGUGGUGUACAGAUGGAGGCAUAAUUUCCUAUAAAUUCAUUUACUUCAUUUUUACACACUUGCUUAUCUUGAUACGUCUAUCUUUUUCUAUACCCCCCCCCUCUUUGUUGUUUAUGCACAGUCUAAAAUUGCAUUGCCUCUCUUGUUCCCUAUAUUUUCAGUUUUCUCUUCUGUUUCUUCUCUUUCUAUCCGAUUCUCUCGCAAUUUCUCUGAUAUACGUAGCUGCAAAACAAACUUUAGAUAUUCAGCUUUUACUAGUGGAAUAUGUACAGUUUAUACUAUUAUAGACUUCACUUUGUAAUAUAUUGUGUGCAUGAAUGUUUCUUGUGCGUGUUUGGGUAUAUGUGUGUGUGUUUGUUUGGGUAUGUGUGUGUGUGUGUGUGUGUGUGUGUGUGUGUGUGUGUGUGUGUGUGUGUGUGUGUGUGUGUGUGUGUGUGUGUUUGGAUGUUUGAACGUUUUGGGUGUUUGUAGGUAUAUUGUUUGCGUAUGUGUGUGUGUUUAUGUGUGUCCGAUUUCGCGUUCCAUCAGCGUAUCUGUGCAUGUGCGUAUAUGCGCACUUGUAUGUAUGUUGCAUCUUGUAUUUUCUUUUAAUUUUAGGUAUCAUUAUGAUUGUGGCUAUAUAUUUCUUCGUUACGUACAUUCUUACCUUCAGUUACCCAUUGUGAAGAUGGAUUUUUAUUUCGCAUAUGUAUAAUAAAUCCCCAAACACA